ACCGCGAAAACGUCACAAACAGCUUAGUGUAUUAGUUCUCCUUCUUUUUAUGGAGAAGCUAAGCUGCGCGAGAUGACAGUGUUUUUACGGUAUAUAUCUUCUUGCGGAUACUACUAACAUAAGCGAGCUCUAGCUGAUCGAUCUAAGUCUACUUGCUCGUCGGAGAAAGACUUGGAAAACAUUCAGGCUGAAUUGAGGACCAACUAACUAGGUCUUUUUGGUUUUCUGCCGAGGCCGCUCAAUGGCAUUGUGUAUCCUGAUGCCACGCUCCAAAAAGAGAACCGUAAGAAGUGCAAAUCCUCCUUUAUUACUAUAAAUACCGGCCAUAGUAUGGCCCGUCUAAGUCAUCCUCCUUAAUUCAAGCGUUGAACAUAGCACCCGAUUUGACUCAACAUGAAGCUUCGUCUUACUUAUUACCUGGCCAUCAUCGGAGUGACUGCAACGCAGUCCAUCUCUGCAAUCAACUCGACCUACACGAACCCCAUCUUACCUGGAUGGCAUUCGGAUCCUAGCUGUGUCUUUGUUCCCGAACGAGACAAUACCACUUUCUGCACCACCUCGAGCUUCACUGUGUUCCCAGGCCUCCCCAUUUACGCCAGCAACGAUCUUCUCAAUUGGAAACUUGCCAGCAAUGCUUUCAAUAGACCGUCCCAGGCCCCAGGCAUCAUAGAUGCUCCUAGGCAGAGGGAUGGUUUUUUUGCGGCAACCCUACGACACCACGACGGCGUCUUCUUUCUCGUCGUCUCCUUUUCUUGGGGAUACCCCCCGCAGCGGAUCCUCACGAAUUACAUCUUCUCAUCUCGGGACCCGUAUCGUGACGACGCUUGGAGCGAUCCUAUCACAUUUCCCGUCACAAGCAUUGACCCUGAUAUCUUUUGGGAUGACGACGGGCAAGCCUAUGUUACGUACCCAGGAGGCCCCGAGGUUGGAAUCUUCCAGGCCACUUUAGAUCCCACUACCGGCGAUAUAGGUCCUGCUUACAAGCUCUGGUCGGGGUCUGGUCGUCCGUAUCCCGAGGGGCCACACAUAUAUCGAAAAGACGGUUACUACUAUCUUUCAAUAGCCGAAGGUGGAACCGAACUAGGCCACCUCCAAUCCAUGGCUCGCUCUACAGCCAUCUCAGGACCCUAUGAAAGUUACCCUGCCAACCCCAUACUGACUAACCGAAACACUACGGAAUACUUCCAAGCUGUUGGACAUGCGGAUCUCUUCCAGGAUGCUUCCCAAAACUGGUGGGGAGUGGCACUCUCUACCCGCUCCGGGCCAACCUGGGAUAAAUUUCCCGACAUCACGAACGACUCGGUUCUUUAUCGACCCAACUCAACGUAUCCCAUGGGUCGAGAGACAGUUCUCUUUCCUGUGACCUGGCGCCAGGGAGAGUGGCCUAUCAUGGAGCCAGUACGUGGCUUAAUGACGGGAUGGCCCAUCUUUCCUUCAGCAAAGAAGCUUCCUGGUGACGGCGCAUUCGUCAAUGAGCCGGAUGUGCUCGACUUCGAGCCAGGUUCUAAGCUCCCGAGUCAUCUGGUCCAUUGGCGCGCACCCGAUCCGGCGAGUUACGUGAUAUCUCCCUCUGGACACCCAAACACGCUUCGGCUGAAGUGCUCGAAAGCAAAUCUUACCGCAAGUUCGGGCUUCGAUCCGCGGGAUGGAUUAACCCUCAUUAUGCGGCGUCAAACCACCACCUUAUUCACCUACAGCGUCGACAUCGCGUUUAGCCCUCGGGCUCUGGAAGAGGAGACUGGUGUAACCAUCUUCCUAACCCAGUUUCAGCAUAUAGAUCUCGGCAUUGUACUCCUGAAAACUGGAGGGCAUUUGAUCCCGCACUUCAGACUUCGCACCAUCAAUGAAACUGCCACUGUACCCGGAACUGUUAUCAGACAAGUUCCACGAGAUUGGUUACAUCAACCAAUCAGGUUACAGAUUCAAGCGGUGAACGAAACCCAUUAUGCUUUCACCGCCAUGUCUUCUAGCAACCCUUCACACGGGUUGCCAAUGGGCUAUGGGCUGGCUCAUUUCGUUAGCGGUGGAACGGGCCGAUACACAGGUGCCCUUGUGGGAGUGUUUGCGUCGAGCAACGGCGGGUCGGAUACUAGGUUUGCAUAUGUUAGCCGAUGGAGAUAUCAGGGUUAUGCUCAGAUGAUUAGUGAGGGAGUUUUUACGCCUUCAGAUUUGGUUUCCAUCAACUAGCUCAAGGCCGCGGUAGCUUGAAGUCGUAAUAUUACAGCCUUGGGAUGCAAGAGAACCGAGAAACUAAUCAACUCGUGCUGAGACGAAGGAGCGACGAUGUAGAAGAUAGAGGAAACCCAGGCAUAAUGCACCUACCUGUGAAAAUGAUAUAGAUGCGCCUGAAAGAGGGGACAGUAAUUGAUUUCAAUUGAUCUUGGGUGUUCCGGUUGUUUUAGUCUGAUAUCUGUUAGUGAG